AUUAAGUGUCUGGUUUGAACGUUACCGUUACGGUAAAUGUUACAAAUAGGUUUUAGAAUUCAACCAAACUGGGAUAAGGCUCUAAGUGAAAAUGAAAAAUACAUAUGGUUUCAUCAGUAUGACACUGUUUCUACCAAGUAUCACAAACUGGAGAACAGAGGGUUUUCGUUGGUACCGGAUAACGAAAAUGUUUUUUGCGAUUUGGUUACACCUAAGCUCUUAAAACUAUCGUCAGAAAACCCAAUCAUCAACAAAUUUUUUCAGUGUCCAGAUUCCUCCUUCGACGUUUCGAGCGGUAUUUCUAGAAAUUCAGGUCAUAAUUCAGUAACCUGUAAUCCUCAGCCUCGUCCUCAUGUAUCUUCUUUUGAUGUUAGUGCAAGUGGUGAACAUUUUAUUGCUUCUUUCACUGGGUCAUCUGUAAACUUGUAUGAAACUAGAACGGGAAAUAUUCGGCGUUCCCUCGAAGGUCAUGUCGGAGAUAUAUAUACCUGUAAAUUUUUUCCAUCUGGGCUAGUUGCACUCACAGCAGGCAGUGAUAUGCAGUUGAAAAUUUGGUGUCUCAUUACUGGUCGUUGUGCAGCCACUCUUGGUUUAAAUUGCACUAAUUCUAAUAAUAAAAAUGAACCAGGAGGUCAUAGGACUGGUAUCCUAGACACGGCCAUCAUAGAUCGUGGUCGUAAUAUUGCUUCUAUAGAUCGACUAGGUUGGUUAAGGCUAUGGGAUGUGGCGACACAAACUUGUAUAUCAGCAAUCCCAGUAACCCUUAGUGCUGUUAAGCCACAUACUGUUUCUUCAACGGUUCUCGAAGAAAUAACAUGUUUAGCAAUCCGAAAACAUCCUAGUUUACCGAUUCAAACAGCUGAUCUCAUCAACCCAGAUUCCUGGUAUGAAGUUCAAGAGACAUCUUCAACAACAGCCCAAGAAGUUGCUACAUCGGAUGCCUUGAUUGCUGUUGGGACCGGUACUAAUGCAUCAGUUCGUUUAUAUGAGCUGGGUGCUCGUCAGAAAGGUUGUGUUGCUCAGUGUACAUUACCGAGUGCCAGUGGAUCGGUCGAAGCAUGUGCUUUUCCUGAAGAUAUACCGAUACCGUUUUCAAAAGAAAUUCAAUUCAUCGAUGUACCUAGAAGUUGUGUUUCUAGCUUUAUGGACUAUGGAAUUUUUGCCGGUAACCAGCAAGGAGAACUUGCCUCAUGGGAUAUACGUCAAACAAAACAACCGUUAUGGCAGUUAACUCAUGAAAAAGGUGCUGUUCAACAAAUACGUGUAUGUAGGCGACCUAAUUGUCAAUAUCUAUUGCUUGUUGUUAGCCGAAAUGACGGACGAACUCUUGUUUAUCCGUAUGAUCCAGCAACAGCACAUAGUGAUGCACAAAUCCCUACUAGUCUGGAGCUUACUGGAGUGAAUUGUGAACCUAUAUGUGGUCUUUCAAUGGUUUAUAAACCAUCAGGAGAAAUCGGUGUUUGGAAUGCAGCUCGCGGUGGAACUGUUAAUCAUUACACCAAACUUUUAGAUGAGAUAACGUUUAAAAACUUAUAAGUGAUCACAGAUGUCAAAUGCGUGAAAAUCGGAUUCUUGUUUUGUCAACACGGUAAAUUUUAUCCUUGCAUUGAAAACCACGAUAUUAUAUUUAUCAUAUGCGUACAAAUUGUUCUGAAAACAAACCAGUGAUUUUUUUUAAAAAUAUCUUGUUAUAAAAUCACUCAAAAAGAAUAAAUUAACGACGAUCAGUUUUCCCAGUCCCUCGUUUGCCUG